AUGCUCCAGUUCAGGCACCUAUUUCGAAGCCAAGCACGCUAUCUUCGCUUCCACUCUGGCCCUCGUGAACGCAUCCAUACGACCCCGACCGUCCGGCAUGUGAGAUUCAGACGACCGUGGCUGAGGUCUUUCGUCACUAAGUGUUUCUGCUACUAUGCUGCCUAUGAAUUAUGGCACUCCUUUGUUCUAGUCCGCUUAUACGGUGAUACUCACGAUACCGAUGCGCCACCCAAGCCAACAGCAGAAAUCACCAAUUUGCGCCGCAGUCAGUAUGGCGGAGAGGAUCUAAUGGAAGAUGAGGAAGAAACCGGUACACCCUUUUUCAUUCCAUUGACUUGGUCUUGGUUGGAGGAAGGGGAGCUCUAUACUGCUUCAGAUCCAGAAUGGCAAGAGUUUGUGCAAAUAUCCAAGGAUCAAGGGAAACUCAAGAAAUUAAGAAAUGAACUUGCCGCCAUCGUUCGGGACAAUGCAUCGAGCCAGUUGUCCCAGAUACUCGGCAGUCCCCUGUCCUUGACUGGGUUUUGGCUUGUACAUCAAUUUCCUCACCGUGCUCCUCCAGAAUAUCUACGGUCUGGUAUCGAGAUUUCAGAUCAUGGUGUGGCUUGGGUUACCAGGCCUGUCGAUUCUGAAGUGGGCGAUCAGGUACAGACUUAUAUGAAACCUAUUCAUGUGGCACUUGCUAUCAAGGAUGCCUAUCUAGUGCUCUUAAAGAGGCAGCUGGCUCGCUUUGGAAACCAUGACCCUCUUUCUCUGGAGAUUUUGAGCGGACAACGCAUUCUAUCAAAUAACGAGAAUCUCAAUGCCACCAACCUUCAUGAACAGCCCAGCCUACAGCCUGCUGUGUCUGAAGAGCCGUCGGGUAAUAUCGCCUCAGAUGGGGACACUCAGCUCCAUCCCUCUUCAAUCAUAUCGUCAUUACAACGACUUCCUUUACCUGAUCUAAGCCCCGGCUCAGGAUUACACCUGGCAUCCCUUGCCUUUCGGUUACGAUUAAACCAAUAUCAGGCCAUGGCCCCACGAACACCUCUUAGGGGAACUUUCUUCAUCUCGGGCCCUGUUGGUCUGAAAGGGCCCAAUGGGUUCUGCCGCUUUGAGGUACGUGGUGAAUAUGACCCUGCCAAGCCUGGAUGGCGCACAAUUGAGAUGGAACUGCGAGAUGUAAACCUCAGGAAGCAGAGGCCGCUAGGGGGGCGCUGA